AUGAACAAUCAACAAUCACCAUCAAUGAAUUUUUUUGUUUUGGCUGAUAGUCACGCAAAAAGAAUUCCAAAGUUUAUUUCAACAUCAUCAUACAGUUUAGUUACAAGAUCAAUUUCUGGUUUGAGUUGGAUUAAUGAUACUAAACCAGAACUCUCUAUAUAUGCAUUAUUAUCGUCAUCAGAUAUCCGGUCUUCAUUAUCUCAAGCAGAUGCGGUAUUAUUCUUUGUUGGAACUAAUUCCGUACGAUUCUUUCCAGCAAGAGAAAUUAUCCAUCAAGUCCAACAAAUAAUUUUUUCUGUUCAGCAAAAUUAUCCCCAUCUUAAUCAACCUGGAAAAAUCUCCAUCUCUUUAACUUUUCCAUGUUUUUAUCCACUUCGUGGUCGAUUCCUAGAAGACUUAAUAUACAACAUCCAUGUAUAUAAUGAACAAUUAAGAUUCUUAUCGACCACAAUGAACUUCAACAUCCUCGAUUUCCACAUUACCAAUUACCAUCUGGAUGGCGAUAAAAUGCAUAUACAGCCUCGUUUUCUUGGUUAUAUUAUUAAUUCCAUCACUAACCAUUUUGAUCAAGUAAUUGAAACUGUAUCACCUCCAACACUUCCAACACCUCCGACACCUCCAGCAUCUGCAGUACCUGAUAAUAAAAAAGCUCCACAAUCUUCAAACAGGAGUAGCGAAGCAUUACAACUUCGUAAUAAAAAACGUCACGAAAAACGAAAAGAGAAACAACAAAAGCAUCAAAUAAAGAGAAAAAUACAUUAUCAAUGGAUCAAUGAUGAAAUAAAACAAUAUCUUGAUUCACUUAACAUUAAAUAUGCUUAUAUUCCACCUGUUUACGGUAAUAUUCUUCGAAUUCAAUUCAACAACAAAAUAGAUCAAGAUUUCGCCGAUGAACAUCUCGGAUUUGACAUAUUUAAUGAAAAUCAUUAUAAAGAAUUUGUUAAUAAACAUCAUUAG